UGAUCGCGGGUGGGCGGAGCCAAGUAGGAGGAAAUGGUCUAGCUGGCUCCGGCAGCUUCAAGAAAACCGGCGACGAGCAUCCCUACCCGGCAGUUUGAUCGUACGUCUUCGCCACUGUCAGUCCAUCACUGCAGCAGCAAUCAAGCAAGAUACAUCUCUCAAGCAAAACGUCGUUGAUUUACUGGAACACGUCUCCAUUUAGCGAACGUUACUUCUAAACCGAGCAACACUUGUAUGCUGCAGUUUCUAGAAACACCUGUGAACGGCUCGGAGAUUAAAUAGAUAAACGGCUGCAGGAUGGAGACGCAGAUACAUGUGCCUGUCGGCUCGCCGGUAGUUAGAAAAAUCCCCAUCUUCGUGGACGAACACAACGUGACGGAGGGAGCGAUGAAGCUCAUUAAACAGCUGAGACCGGCGUGGGACACCAGCCAUGUAAAGACCAAGCUCUUCACUGAUGGAACCACCAACAAGCUGGUGGGCUGCUACGUGGAGGACAGUCCAGAAGACGUGGUCCUGGUGCGAGUAUACGGGAACAAGACAGAGCUGUUUGUGGACAGAGACAAUGAGCUCAAAAGCUUUCAGGUGCUACACGCUAACGGAUGUGCUCCUCGCCUCUACUGCAGCUUUCAGAACGGUAUCUGCUACGAGUUUAUGCAGGGGGAUGCUCUCGGGACACAGGAUGUCAGAGAUCCUUCCUUGCUCAGACUGAUAUCCAGGGAGAUGGCUUGUAUCCAUGCCAUCCAUGCACACAAUGGCUGCGUCCCCAAACCCAACCUCUGGAUCAAGAUGCGAAAAUACUUCUCCCUUGUGGCCACUGAGUUCACUGACCAAGCAUCCAACGUCAGAAUCCAGCAGGAAGUUCCCAGCAAGGCGGUGCUGGAGCAGGAGAUGGUGUGGAUGAAAGAGCAUCUGUCCACUCUGGGCUCCCCUGUGGUGCUCUGCCACAAUGACCUGCUCUGCAAGAACAUCAUCCACAACAGCAAAGAGGGUCAUGUUCGCUUUAUAGACUAUGAAUACUCCAGCUACAACUACCAGGCCUUCGACAUCGGCAACCACUUCAAUGAAUUUGCAGGAAUGGCGGAGCUGGACUAUGGGCUUUACCCCAGUCGGGAGAUGCAGAUGGACUGGCUCAAAGAGUACCUGCAGGCAUACAAACUCUUCACCAUGAAAACAGAGGAGGUCAGCCCGCGGGAGCUGGAGACGCUCUAUGUACAGGUCAACAAGUUUGCUCUGGCUUCUCACUUCUUUUGGGGCUUCUGGGCGCUCAUCCAGGCCAAAUAUUCCUCCAUUGACUUUGACUUCCUCGGGUACGCUGUGCUACGUUUCAACCAGUACUUCAAGACCAAGCCUGCAGUUCUGGCCCUGCAGAUCCCAGAAUGAGAGAAGACCGGAGGGAGGGUGGAACAGGUUUUCUGCUGCGACGUCCUGUAGGGUGGGAACUCUUCUCUGUGAGCCAGCUGUUGAUGGACCACUGCUUGGUCUUCCUCUUUCAUCACAUCUCUAGCUCAAGAAUGAUAAAACUUCCAUAGGUUAUGUGUGUGUGAGUUUAUGCUCGUGUAUGUUUGUGUUCUUAAUUUAUCUCUGUAAAAACCCAACAUGUUUCUUUCCCUCUUCGGGCAACUGAACAAGGCCUAGUGAGCACAGCAGCCUACAUUUUGGGGUAGAGAUCAGACUUAAAACUUGUCACUCAGGCGCCAAAAUGUUCCACAACGCUGGAAAUGAAGUUCCAAAGAGGGACGAGACUGUUGAGGGUUUGAUGCUGACAUUGACAGAUGGCUGACUACAGAGGCAUUUCACCUGUGAUUCCUCAGAUUUAGCAUGUGGUGUGCGUGGUGAUGCCAUACCACCUCCUCCUCUCUGCAGAUAUUUUAACACUUGAGUUGAUUUGUGCGCCCUUUCCUUUUUCUUUCCUCAAUCUUUGAUGCUAAGUGCUCGUGGCUGCAGUAUUUCUGCACUGCACUUCCCAGAGAUCAACUGUGCAUCGAACACUGUGGGCGGUUCAUCUUUUCUCUGAUUUUGUUGAUUUUUUUCUGUUCUGUUUGUUCUGUUCUGUUGCAGUUUGAGCUUUUGUCAGUUAUUCCAAGCAAACUGCUGCUGCUGCUACGCAUGUAAAACCAACUUUUGUGUGUGCUAGUGGACUUUUCCCCUGAGAGGACCUACCAGACACUGAGUGUGUGGAACAGCAAAUGGAAAAGCUUUCCAUACACUGGCUGAAGGUUGCAUCACUAUUGUGUUAUAGCAAUCGGUGAUAGAGAGUAGCUAAAUGUGCAUUUAUUUAUUUAUUCAUGUAUGUGAAGACAUUAACAUCUCAGGUGAAACAACUCUCCAGUUGUGUUGCUUUGUGUUGAAUUGGGAAGUGAUCUGAAGCAGGAGGGGAGAUGGACGUUGGGUAAAGAGAGGGCACCUGAGUAAAUGUCACUCUAAACUCGGUGUGCAUUUCUGCCCUCAAACUGUUUUCCACCUUCUUGACUUUUAUGGUUACAGCGAAUCGCUCCGUUAAACUUUCCAUUUAAACUUUCCAGACCUCUUGGAAAAACACAACCUCUGUCACCCCUGCUGCCAACCCCCCCAUCCUCCCCUCUUUUAUGCCCUCCUGUGUCGGCUCCCUCCUCACAUUACUAUCUUUGAUCUCCUCCCACCAUGGUUCAGUUUCAUAUCUCUCUUUAUCUGUUGAGAUUGAGGCAGUAGCACCUGUUCCACGGGCCAUCUUAAUUCAGAGACUGCUCUCAGCCCCACACUGUAAUCCAUUCACAUACCAGAUUUGGAGCCAAAUUUAGUUACAUAAUCAGACAUUGCACAAGUUAUAUCUGGGGAAGAAAUCAAGUCUAGAUUUCAAAAAGAGGCAUGAAUGGGUUAUCUUGGGUUGUGUUGCUGUCAUGAGAUCACCUAAUACUUGGAUGGGAAAGCAUGGCGUCUGACACUCCAGAAAUGUAGUUAUAUCCAGAAAGACACACACACACGCGCACACAUGCACGCUAGAACUCCACUGGUUAUCAUCAAAGUGUGUCUACAGGUGUUGGGGAGGACAUAUGUAUAUGUGAAACGUAUGUAUAAAGCCUUUAGUGUCUCCAGAGGGAGCUGUGUGAAAUCUGAUUAAUCCUCAAGUGAUGUCACUUGAGUCAGCGUCGGCUGGCUCUCAAGACUACACCAGACUACAUACUCAUCUCUGCUGGAGGCGAGUGGCUCCAGCCUACAUUAGAUGCUACUAACUCCAAACCUCCGAAUCUCCAACCAAACUGUUGCGGUCAAGUUGCAUUGUGGGUAAUGUAGGUGCCAGGUUUUGACAAAGAAGAAGAAUGCUUGAAAUUUAAACAAGUAAAUACUGUAUCUCUGGUUCUGCUGCAUCAAUUUUGAUCAUUUUUGUUUUUAGACUGUUGAUGAAUCCGCCAAUGUUAUAGAAGUGAAAUGCUAAAUCCAUGAAGUAGUCUUAACAAAGCAUUCCCACUCUUGUGACCACUCUUAGGUUAACACACUACAGGCUCAGUGGUCCUAUACAUAUCCUGUCUGUCUUUGGACUCUCAUUUGGUAUUGUACUUCCAUAAAGGGAGAAUUUGACCAAAGACAAAACUGAAGCAGUAGAGGCCGAGAUAUCUCCUAGCCCCUAGUAUGGGUCGAACCGCAAAAACACUUCCUACAAUGCAACGCAAUGGCGUCUUUGAUUAACCCUUCUUUGACUGGCAAAAGCACCUCUUUCAAAGUUGACGUCCCCAGACGUUUCUCUGUAAAUGUGUAGUUGGAGUAGCUGAAAUGACUUGUGAUGUCACUUCUGUCCAGGGCUGCAACUAGUUAUUCUUUUCAUUCUCCAAUCAUAUGCAGAUCAUUUUUUUUCAAUUAAUUGUUUAAUUGAUAGAAAAUUGUGAAAAAUGCUCAUCAUAUCUUCCCAGAGCCCAAAAUAACCCCUUCAAAUAUCUUUUUGUGUGUAUUGUUCGACCAACAGUCCAAACCCAUUCAUGUUUACGGGGAGAGUAGUACUAACCGUGGCCAGUAAGCUGAUCUUUGAAACCUGCAGAGACCUCGACACUGAGCAGUCUCUUGGUAGACUCGAUUCACCACAGGCACUGGCCUCAUGAUGAACUUAAGCACAGGUUCACUCCUCGUCCCCAUCAAUGAUUUGGUUACACUGGACUGAUCAACGCAACACACAAAUGAAUGAAUGAAUCCGAGCUUUAGAUCUUCUUCUGAAGCUGUUCAUUCAUGCUGGGCUCCAGAAAAGGGACAUGUCCCCUCUCUCAGCCACACAGGAUAUCCAGCCCCUCACAGGCCCAGCAGGGGGAGACACUGAGCCCUGACCUUUGUCCUCCACUGCAGGUUUCAUGUAACCGAUAAUUCAUUUAAAUAAAUAACCGUUAAUAAUUUACCAAGUGAGCAGCGGCCCUUCAAAACAGCAGAAGAGACACCAACUGAUGAGGGUUUUUCAGUUAGGACAGUUAACCCGAGAAUGUGUUUUCAGAGGGAUCACAUUUAGAUUUGAAAUGUGUUAGUUGUAAUUUUUUUCUUAGACGUGAUGAUCAGAACCUUCUGAAUGUGAAUUAUAACUCAUUUUAGGGCUGUGAGGUGAAAAUUUGUUACUCAAUGAAAGAUAUUCUUUUGAUGGCACACAUUUGGGAGAAAAAAAGCUACCUGUGAAAUUGUCUUGAAAAAGCUCCUAUCACUCCAAGUGCAUUUUUCAUUUGAGGAUAAUCAAGAGGCCCUUGUUUCAGGUGACUUACAGCGGAGUAAUCUGGUUAGUAGAUUUGCAGAUAAUGGCCAAAUUAGUGAGCUUGCUGCUUGAGCGCACAAUCCUAAUACCCUGGUAGGAAUUCAGCCUGGAUAAAAAGGGCAUUUGCACUGAACGAAUUUCUCGAUUCACUUUAUAGAGCACACUGACCCUGAUGGAAGCCAUUGGUUGACACAGUUUGGGAUUUUGGAAGAGAUAUUUAGGAUGGUUAAAGGCUAGAGCUAAAUGUUGAGUUGAAGGCCGAUUGAGGUUGUCCUGAAAAACUUUGAUUUGUUUGGCCCGUUGGUCCUCUUACCCACUGUGAUGUCUGGCAUCAAAAAAUUCAGCAUUAAAAUCAUCUCAGAGUUGUUAAAGGGACAGUUCACC